CACACCACACCACUCACGUUGCAAAAAUAUUCCCCUUUAAUUGAAGCAAAAGCAGCUGGAUAACUACCGAAACAUGUCCACCGUAAGCGCCGCCACCGGCAGUAAUGCCCCCAGUCCGCCGGAGGAGGCCUCUUCCGUCCGGCCGGAGCCGAUUUUCCGGGAGAUCAACGCAGAGCAGGCCGACGAAGUGGUCGAAAUCGAGUCCGCCUGCAUGAGAUGCUUCGAAACGGGCAUCACCCGGCUCCUGCCCACCAAGAUACCCUUCUUCCGCGAGGUGGUUCUCAUGUCCUUCAAGUGCGACCACUGCGGUCACAUCAACAAUGAGAUGCAGUCGGCGUCUGAGAUCCAGAAGUCCGGCAUUCGCAUCGAACUGCAGGUGCGGUCCGUUGCCGAUCUCAAUCGGCGGGUGGUGCGAUCGGAUAACUCCAGUAUGAGCAUACCGGAGGUGGAGCUGGAGAUACCCGUGCAGUCGCAGAAGGGCGAGGUGACCACCGUCGAGGGCAUCAUCGAGCGGACGAUAGCCGGCUUGUCGCAGGAUCAGGAGAAGCGGCGCAUCGAUCAUCCGGAGGCGGCUGCCUCCAUUGACGACUUCAUCGAUCGAUUGCGCCGCUUGAAGGAGAUGUCCAAGCCCUUUCGCCUGCUCCUCGAGGACAUCUCCGGCAAUAGCUUUGUCGAGAAUCCAUUUGCCCCCGCCGCCGAUCCGCAGCUAAAAACAUCUUACUUUACCCGCAGCCGGCAGCAAGACGAGCAAUUGGGCCUGUACGAGCAGAACCACGAGGAGCAACACCUGCUGAAGCCCAUCGCCGAAGAUUCGUGGCCCAUCGAGAAUCUGCACGGCGAGGUGCUGCAGUUCCCCACCAAUUGUCCCAACUGUCAGGCGCCCUGCGAGACGAACAUGAAGCUGACAAACAUCCCGCACUUCAAGGAGGUGGUCAUCAUGGCCACCGUCUGCGGCUCCUGUGGUCACAAGACGAACGAGGUGAAGUCCGGCGGCGGUGUGGAGCCGCAGGGUAUCCGCUUCCGGGUACAGAUUGCCGGUAAAGAGGAUCUGACACGUGAUGUACUCAAGUCGGAAACGUGCAGCUUGUCCAUCCCGGAGCUGGACUUGGAGGUGGGCCCGCACGCUCUGUGCGGACGCUUCACCACCGUUGAAGGCCUGCUGGUGGCCAUGCGGGAUCAGCUAGAUGGCACCUUGUUCCGCGACUCGGCAGACGAGGCGGCAAAGAACCAGAUGCAGCGAUUCCUCGAAACCUUCGACGACGUGAUGAACCUAAAGGAAGUGAUAACGCUGGUGCUGGAAGAUCCGGCUGGCAACACAUAUGUGCAAUCACUCAGUGAUGACGACGCUGAGCCGGAUGGAAGGCUGACUGUGGAGCGGUACGAUCGCUCCUUCGAGGACAACGAGGAUCUGGGCUUGAAUGAUAUGAAGACGGAGGGCUACGAGCAGGAUGCGUGAUGAUUGGAUCCUGGGUGUUGAACUCUGCAUUUACACCAGCUUUAGUUGCAUACGAAUAGCGUCUAGGCAAUAGCAGUUUUAAUUCCAAGUCAAAUCAAUUUGUUUUUAAUCCUUGAUAAUUAUAUUGUGAAAAAUUAAAGGCUCCUUAAAUAAAAAUAAACUUUUUCAUUUAUUUA